CUAUUCACCCCAUUUUUUUAUUAUUUACUUUCUUCUCUUCUUAUAUUAAACCACAGCUUCUUCCUCUUCCUCUCUCCUCCUUCUUCUCCUUCACCUUCUCUCUCUCUCUUCAACUUUCAGCUUAUCUCUCUAAAAACCUAGCUCAACUUUGAAGCAUUUGAGCUAAAACCCAAAUGGGUUAUGCAUGCAUUGUGCUUAGGAGUCGUUAAUCAAACUUAAUUAGCCAGCUUAAUCUACCAGCUUAACCUCGUGAGUAUCGUUCUUCAGUAACGCUCAAGGCAGUUUCAGUUUUUCGGGGGAGUGAGAAACAAAAAUAUUUAUUACAAGCUGACAAAAAGCAAACCCGAAACGUCUAUUAGUCAGAUACAAAUACAUGGCUCCAGCGAGCAAUUGGUUGUCCUUCUCUCUCAUGUCUCCCAUGGAAAUGCUGAGGUCCUCUGAGUCCGAUCAAUCUCCCUUCGUCCCCUACGACGCGUCCUCCGCCGCCUCCCCCCAGUACUUCCUGGACAACUUCUAUGCCAGCAACGGGUGGCAGACGAACCCAAAAUCCCAAGUGUUUUUCACGGACGGUGAGGAUCAAAGAAAGCAACAAGGCCAGUCCGAUUCGCCGAAUCUGUCACCGUUCGUCCACCCACAGAGCCACACCCAGCACAUCCCGAAGCUCGAGGACUUUCUCGGCGAUUCGUCAUCAAUGGUGCGCUAUUCCGAUAGCCAAACAGAGACCCAGGACUCAUCGUCCCUGACCCACAUGUACGACCAGAGUUCCACCUACUUCGGCGGCGACCACCAUCACCACCACCAACGGCAGGAAGAUCUCAAGGCGAUUACCGGGUUCCAAGCCUUUUCGACCAACUCGGGCUCGGAGGUGGAGGACUCCACGUCCAUGGGCCGGACGACUCAGCAUCAGCAGCAGCUCGCUUGCGCCGAGUUCGGGGGUCAUUCCAUUGAGACGAACGGGAACGAGUUGGGGGUCUACAACUCCAGCUGCGCGACGAAUGCUUUGUCGCUUGGAGUCGCCACCAGUCAAAGCUCUUCCGAUCAGAAGGCCAUUGUCACCGUCGACAACGACGGCUCAAAGAAGAUUGCUGAUACUUUUGGUCAGAGGACUUCGAUUUACAGAGGGGUCACCAGACACCGGUGGACGGGUAGAUACGAAGCGCAUCUGUGGGAUAACAGCUGUAGAAGAGAGGGUCAGGCCAGGAAAGGGCGUCAAGUUUAUUUGGGUGGAUAUGACAAGGAAGAUAAGGCAGCAAGGGCUUAUGAUUUGGCUGCUCUCAAAUACUGGGGUCCUUCCGCGACCACCAACUUCCCUGUUUCAACCUACAGCAAAGAACUGGAAGAUAUGCAGCAUAUGACCAAGCAAGAAUUCAUUGCCUCUCUCAGAAGGAAAAGCAGUGGUUUUUCAAGAGGAGCUUCUGUUUACAGAGGGGUUACAAGGCAUCAUCAACAAGGCAGAUGGCAAGCAAGAAUAGGCCGUGUUGCCGGGAACAAAGACCUAUACCUUGGAACAUUCGCUACUGAAGAGGAGGCUGCUGAGGCGUAUGAUAUAGCGGCCAUAAAGUUUAGGGGUAUUAAUGCGGUUACAAAUUUUGAGAUGAACCGAUACGACGUUGAAGCUAUUGGCAAGAGUUCUCUUCCUGUUGGUGGGGCAGCAAAGCGCUUAAAGCUCUCACUCGAAGCAGAAGAGCAGAGACCAUCUGUGAACCAUGAUCAGCAGCAUCCUCAAUGCAGCAUUGGGAGCAACAUCAAUUUCACUUCCAUGCAGCCAGUUCAAUCCAUACCAUGUGGGAUCCCAUACGAUGCUGCAGCUGCCAACACUUACUAUCCCCACCUCUUCCACCAAUUUCAACCCAACUACUAUGGCGCGUCGGAUUCAGCUGGACUGAACCCUAACGUUGCAACUCAGAUGAGCAUGAUGCCGCAGCAGCCAGCUGAGUUUUACAUAUGGCCUAAUCACCAAUCCCAUUGAUAAGAGUACCAAACAGUACUCGUCGGCAAUAGGAUUAAACAGGACUUGUUGCAUUAGCAUGUUAGCCGCUAACAGUAUCCGGCUGACCAACAUCUGACCCUCACUCCAAUCCACCUCUCAACCUUAGGACUUAGGAUUAGGAAAGGCAUAGGAGGUUUUUUGUUUGGAGGCUAAAGUUCUGGAUAGACAGUAGGAAGCUGGGUUUUGUAUCUAAGGUGGGAAAUGUUGAAUGUUGUUGUCCAUUACUUUGUUUAAGAAUUUUCUUUUUGGAUGUC